UUGAGUAAGCUGUGGUGUUGCUGAAUCAUAGACUCAAAUUUUUACUUAUAUUUAAUUUUAUAUUAUUUAUAUGCAGUGAUAGGUAGAAGAAAUAAACAUGGUUCUAGCUGAAAAAAACAAUGAAAACGCAAGAAACGGCCGGAGAAGCCGGGGGCCGAGCCCGAACGGUCACGUCCAAGACUCCACAAGCGAGGAUGAAAGUUCAGUUCCAGUAGAUAAGAUACGAGUUGGCCGAGAUUACCAGGCUAUUUGCCCCGAGCUUCAACCGGAAUCUCAAAGAAAACCAGAACUGUUGGCCGAUAGAGCCUUACUUGUAUGGUCACCAACUGAGUCCAUACCAGAAUCGAAAUUGGAAGACUACAUAAUUUUGGCCAAAGACAAGUAUGGUUACAAUGGCGAGCAAGCGUUAGGAAUGUUGUUUUGGCAUAAACAUGACUUAGAUAGGGCUGUGCUAGAUUUAGCAAACUUCACACCGUUCCCUGAUGAAUGGUCUGUGGAAGAUAAAGUUCUUUUUGAGCAAGCCUUCCAGUUCCACGGGAAAAGUUUUCACAGAAUAAGGCAGAUGUUGCCAGAUAAAAGCAUUGCUAGUUUAGUCAAAUAUUACUAUAGCUGGAAAAAAACCAGGUCAAGAACCAGCCUAAUGGACAAACAGGCACGUAAGUUGCACACUCCAAAGGAGGAAGGAGGGGCUUCAGAAGCUGGAUCUGAAGGAGGGUCGAAUGAAGAGUCUGAUCAUGAUGAAAAGAAAUGGACUAUACAUCGUGGCAUUCGUCGUAAAAGCGGUUCACCAAGUCGUACGGGUCAACCUCCCGACGAGAACGCUACUCAGGGUGAGGGUGGCGCGUGCUCUAACUGCGGAGUCGCCUGUACCGUCACUCACGUGACGUCCAAGGGGUCCCUCUGUAAUUCCUGCUAUCAACACUGGAGACGAACGGGAUUGUUGCGGCCCACAUCGGGGCCGACGGGCGGCAAGCGCGGCUCCCCGCUGGGCGGACGCCACAAGCGCAAGCCCCCUCGCGGCAUGUACAUCAACCACGACGAUCUGGCUGCGAUGGCGUCGGGCAACGCGGGGGUGCUCAUGCUUAAGGCGAUGGAUCGAGAGUUAGAUUCCCUCCAAAGACAAAUCCAGCAGAACAAACAGAAUAUAAGUUCCUUAAAACGUAAGCAUUCAGACUCCAUAGAAGAUCUCCGUCCAAGUAAUGAGCAUUCGUCACGUAUCAACGCACGCUGGACCAACGAGGAGCUGCUCCUAGCCGUCCAAGGCGUUCGUAAGUACGGCAAAGACUUUAAAAGCAUCGCCGAAGUUUUGGGUAAUAAAACUGAACACCACGUGCGUACGUUCUUUGUAAAUUAUCGUAAAAGAUACAACCUAGACAAUGUUCUAAAAGACUGGGAAAAAGAUAACGGACCAUUACCAGAAGACGGCGACGUUAAAGUCGAAUUGGACGAUGCCAACAAUGAUAACGACGUCAUUUGUUUAUCACCGACCCCAAGUAAUAAAAAAGAAAUGAAAAAUGGAAAAGUAGCACAAGUUAGCAAAUGAUAAUUUUCUCGUCGAUUGUUGGAUAAUUUGAUCGUGUUUUAAAGUUUUCAGUUUCGCAUUUGUAGUGUACGAUUAUUCUUUUUUAAUAAUAAAAUUAUAUAUCCAACAGAUAAACAAUCAUUGUAAAUACUUUAGAUUUAGGAAUCACGUUCUUAUGAAUGAAUGUGUAUUAUUUUGCAUUUUAAACAGAUUGUUAUUUUUACAGUUCUUCGAGAUUUCAACACACUAUAAAGAAUAGUUUUUGCCAUUAGCAAUUAUAGUGUAUACACACUCAGUGUUAAUAAUAAUAUCGAAAAUAAGACUCCUGCAGUUACUGUUCGAAAAGUGAUAUUGCAGCGAAUACUGAUAAAUAUGAAUUUAAUUACAAAAGUCGUAAUUAAUUUUCUGAUAACAAAGUUGAAAAUAUUACACAUCCUAGGCUAGGCGGUACCAUAAUGACUUGGAUAAAAGCCAGAUGUACAUUUUAUAAAUAACACGCAUUAUUUAUAUAAAACGGAAAAUAGUAUAGUUAAUACUGUCACGAUGAAUAAAUUAUAAUAGAAGGUGAUAAUUUGUAAACUAUACUUAUUUUUAUGUUUUACCUUUUGUUAAGUGUUGUAUAUUGAUUGAUUAAUCGAUUGAUUAAUGAGAAUAGCGGAUUUGCAUCAAAGACUUUAUUUUUUUGUUUAUAGGUUGACGUUUGGUUUUUAUUAUUAUGUAAAUAGUUUUUAUACCAAAUUAAAUUAUAGCGCAUCGAGAUAUUGCAUGCUAUUUAAUACAAAGUGUAAAUACAUAUUUGUAAUGUACUGAAUAUGAAUUUACAAAUAAUUUAAAAAGUUUAGUUAUUCCUCGCAUGCUUACUCUAAGAAUUGUUAAUAUCUGCUUGAGGAUUCCCUGUAUAUAAAUUUUGUAUUUGUACUGUUGAGGAGAGACUUUGGUUAACUUUAUUUUGAACUGUCCAUUCUGAUGUAAAUAGGGAAGUAGUAAAGAAAGAAAAAUUAAUUUAUAAUUAUUUAUUUCAAUUUUUAAUGUUUUCAUACAAUCUUAUAUUUAUAAUUGCCAAUUGUAAAGUAACUAAUUUAUCUUAUUUCCCAUUGUUUUAUUGUUUCGCACGUAAGUCAUAUUAAGUAAUGUCAUUAGAAUAGACUUGAUUGUAUUAAUAAUAAUAAAGAUUUAUUCCAUA